UGCAACCCUUUUGCUGUUGAGCUAAUAGUCAAUGCACGUUGUAUUGAAGAAUUACACAAUUAAAAGUUUUCUUUAUAAAUAAAAGUUUAGUUUUUUCAAUCAAGUCUUUUAAGAAAUCUCAUAACAAUGAUUCAACAACAACGCCAGAGAAUUGAACAUGCCGUCACUGAAAUGAUCGAUGACAUGGACAAAACACAUUUGCGUAAGAUGCAGACCGAUAUGCAUCUUUGUGCUGCCAAAUGUUGUCAAGACAACAGCUCCAGUGUUGACAGUGUGCAACGUUGUGUAGAUAGAUGCUCAGCCCCAUUGACGAGAGCACAAAACUAUGUGCAACACGAAUUGGGCGAAUUCCAAGGAAGAUUGCAAAGAUGUGUUAUGCAAUGCAACGAUGAUGUUAAAGUAAAAAUGCCUGCAAAUCCCAGUGAAGAAGAAAUCAGCAAAUUUACCGAUCAAUUUGAACGCUGCGCUGUUAAAUGCGUAGAUAAACAUGUCGGUCUAAUACCAUCAAUGAUGAAGACAAUGAAAUCGGUGUUAGCAAAGGGCCCUGAAGCAAUUCCGCAAGUUUGAGGGCCGACAUCUUUUUUGUUAAAAUUGUUAAUAUAUAUUACGGCAAAAUGCAAUGAGAUACCUAUUCUAUUUUUAAUUUGUUUCAAUCUAAUUUCCCAAUAUGAGAUUGGAUUUACAUGAAUAUACAAUUUUUUACAAUUGAUGUAUGAUGAAAAUAUG